AUGGGAGGCAGCCACUCUGCUGCAGCAGAAUCUGAAGAGCCUGCGCCAAAGGAAGAACCAGCGCAGUCCUCAGAAGAGCAUUCCGCGGAGCCCCGAGACUGCCCAGCGUCAUCCUCUCAGCCUUCAAAGGGAAAUGCUGAUGAGGGCGAGCAGCUAGCUUCCGUUGCAGAGCUCUCGACAGAAGCAUCGAUCAAGGUGGACCCCGCAGAGAUAGAGACGGUGCCAGCACGGGAACCGGAGCCAUCAAACGAUGCAGAUGCGGCCCCCGUGGAUGCCUCCCUCGAACCGGAGGGCUCCGAGCGAGAUGCCGCGCCGGAGGAUCCCCAAGCGGUAACGCAAGCAGAAGACGAAGACGAGGCCCUCGGUCAUGAUCUACUCGACCAGGACCAGGACCAGGACCCUGACCAGGCACAUCCCGCGGCAUCAGAUGCCCCAGAGGGCAAGAACGCCCGCAGCUUAGAGCAGCAGAUGUCGCUGAGACCGACGGACGACGAGCGCACGGAGAUCUCCAAGAAGAUUUCUUGGAUCCUCCGGCACGGAGCCAAGAAGGUGAAUGUCAACAUUGACGACAAUGGAUGGGUCAACGUGACUGAUCUGUUGCAUUCGGACAUCCUGUCCACCACCACCGAGGAUAAGCUUCUAGCAAUGAUCAACGAGUCCAAUGUGCAGAAGACUCGCUACGAAAUGGAAGAUGACCCGAAUGGCGGCAAACGAAUCAGGGCCAUCAGCAAAAGUCGUCGCAAUGCUGCGCAACGAGAGAUAAGAGAGAGGGAGCGCCGCGAAAGGGAGAAGCGAAGAGAGGAAGAUGCUCGGGAACGAGAAGCUAGGGAUCGCGAAACGCGCGAAAAGGAACGACAAGACCGUGAUCAAAAUCCUAGGGAUCCAGUCAGAGAGCCUGUCCGGGAGCAUCGGCGCAGAGAUCAGCCCGGAUGGUGGGACGAUUGGCAGAGCCAGGAUGGUCCUAGCUAUGAGCAGCAACUGAAAGAUGGCUUCUUGCCCGUUUAUCAAGGUAGCAAGUUAGUCGCGAUGGCCAAGGAGAACGAAACAGUGCGACCGGGAAGAAGGACGACAGGUCAUGGAAAAGGCUUUGAUGCAAACAAAGGAUUCGAUGGAAAAGGCUUUGAUGGAAAAGGCUUUGAUGGAAAAGGAUUCGAUGGAAAGGGCUUCGACGGAAGAGGUUACGAUAUGCACAAGGGAGAGGGAAAAGGCGAUCGCAAAGGCAGGGGAAAGGAGGACAAAGGUAAAAGCAAGUUCGGAGACGAUGGGAAGGGCUUCCAUCAUCCGGGCAAAGGUGACAGUUACAAAGGUGACGGAUACAAGCCGGAGGGACAUAGAACGGAAGACAAGGAGGAGGAUGAACGCGGUGAGGCCCUCAAAGACAGAUAUCGGGGCUCCAGGCAGCUUCGAUGGCGGGCCGUGAAUGAUAAGGACAUCAUCGUGCGAGUCGGCCUGGGGACGGAGACUGACAUCGUCGGCACGCUCAUGAGGAAUUCCCUGGUUGCUCAGGUUGGGGAGGACAAGAUGCUGAAGAACGGCAUUGCGCGGAUGUUCAUUGAGUCCAUUGACCCGAUCCCUGGAAUCAAGGGCUGGGUCACAAGGAGUGCAGAAGCUGCUGGCGGCCCCGUCUUUUUCAAGCCUGAUCGCGGUGCGACCUUCAAUGUGCCAAGGGAACGCGGCAAAGAUGGCAAAGGCAAUAAGGGCAAUCAGCAGUACGGAGGUGAGAAAGGUGACAAAGGAGGAAAAGCUAUGGAUGGAAAGGCCCCGUUUUCAUCGUAG